GCCCUUCAAGCGGUGGUAUAAUAAAAAAAAGCCACAGAUUUUUCGGGUGUGUGACGUAGGAACUAUAGCAACUGAUCGAGCCAGAGAGGGAGAGAGAGAGAGAGAGGGGAGGCAGAGCCAAGAGAAAAGAAGAUAGAGGGAAGGGAGGGAGGACUGUUUGCUUAAACCCUGUUAAUGUUGUCCAUGCGCGUAUCCCGGUGUUACUCAGUGAAGCGCUACUGCUACUAUUGACCGCUGUGAGCGGGCCACUGAAGAGCGAGAGGGGAAGGGACAGUGGGAGGAGCAUCGCGCUGGACGCAGUCAGUGGCCAAGGGGUUAACCCAACCGGGGUCCUUUUUUUCCCCUCGAUAGUCUCUGCAACCAUGCUGGAAACCACAGGUGGAGCUUACAUCGAUGUUAAAGUGAAUAAUCAGACGGAAACUACUAAAUGUGCAAUGGAAAGUGGUGACAGGCACACUGGGAUCCCAAUCAAUGGAUUGGAUUUUCAGAGGGCGACCGUGCCAACCACAAGUGCAAUCACCAAUGCGCACGCACAAGCCCUCCUCCAACAGCUAACUCUGACCCCGGCCCAGCAGCAGCUGUUGCUCCACCAGGCCCAGGCUCAACUCCUGGCUGCAGCUGUGCAGCAUUCAGCCAACCAGCAGAACGGCACCACCGGGGCCAGUAUCUCAGCUUCUGCAGCCACGCCCAUUACCCAGCUACCCCUGUCGCAGCCCAUACAGAUCUCUCCUCUGCAACAACAGAAUUUAAGUCUGCCCCAGUUUGUGUUGGUGCAGCCUGGCCACCCGAUCGCCACUCAGCUGCAGCCCGCUCAGUUCAUCAUCUCACAGUCACCGCAGACCCAGCAGAGCAUAUUGCAAGCGCAGAGUCUUCUCACUCAACUACCUCAAAGCCAAGCUAACCCCCUGCCGACUCAACCGAGCAUCACCCUUGCAACACAGCCUGCAACUCCUACACGUACCACGGCAGCCACGCCCAUUCAGUCGCUGCCCCACAGUCAUACGCCGCCUAAACAGCUGGAUACGCCCACUCUGGAGGAGCCAAGUGAUCUUGAGGAGCUGGAGCAGUUUGCCAAAACAUUCAAACAGAGGCGGAUCAAACUGGGUUUUACACAGGGGGAUGUUGGCCUGGCCAUGGGUAAGCUGUACGGAAACGACUUCAGCCAAACAACCAUCUCUCGCUUCGAGGCCUUGAAUCUGAGCUUUAAGAACAUGUGCAAGCUCAAGCCACUACUGGAGAAGUGGCUGAAUGAUGCAGUUUGUGCAGAGAAUCUGACAUCUGACCAGGGGCUGUCCACCCCCAGUGCCCUCGGCUCCCCUGGCAUGGGCAUUGAGGGGAUCAACCGCAGACGGAAGAAGAGGACGAGUAUUGAAACCAACAUCCGAGUGGCCUUAGAAAAGAGCUUUCUGGAGCAGAACCAAAAACCUACCUCUGAAGAGAUCACCAUGAUAGCCGAUCAGCUCAACAUGGAAAAAGAGGUGAUCCGGGUCUGGUUCUGCAAUCGCCGUCAAAAAGAGAAAAGGAUCAAUCCCCCGAGCACAGGCGGCGUUGGUAGCACCCCCAUCAAAACCAUCUUUACACCCAGUAGCCCUUUGGUGGCCAGCACAGCAAACUUGGUGAACAGUCCGACUAUAAACACACCCACCACACUGACUGUAAAUCCAGUGAUGCCUCUCACCAGCACCAGUGUCUCCAAUUUAUCCUUCACAGGCACAACAGUUGGAGCCACAAAUACUGCAUCGGUCAUCACCACACCUGUGAUUACCACAGUCACCAGCUCCCCGUCUCUAAGCCCGUCCCCGACGUCUGCUCAGUCCAGCACCACAGAGCAUAAAGUCAGUACUCAGGCGCAGGCCAUCUUCACCCAAGCCCCAACAUCCAUAGGCACCACCCUCGGGACGGGCCAGGUGAUGGUGGCCGCUCCGGGCCUGUCUGCAGCGUUUCAUGGUGCUGCCCAGUUGCCCACCAGUGCAAGCUUUGCAGCCAUGGCUGCUGCAGCAGGGCUGAAUCCAGGAUUAAUGGGCUCCUCCGCAUUUGCUUCAGGUGGGGCUGUGCUCAGUCUGACUCCCGGUGGCCUUGGCAGUGCCCUGAGUCCUGCUGUCAUGAACAACAGCAUGCUGGCAACCAUUCAAGCCCUGGCGUCAAGCGGCACAAUCCCAAUCACGACAUUAGACGGCAGCAACUUGUUGUUUGCUAACACAUCCGGCGGCAACGCGCCCAACCUGGUCACCACGCCGCUCUUCCUCAACCCCCAGAACCUAUCGCUGCUCACCAGCAACCCUGUCAGCUUGGUAUCAACCGGGGCGGGCGGGCUGCAGGUUACCGCCGACGCCCAUCACCAGGUCUCCACGGCCGCCGUGCCUGUGCAAGCCACGACCAUUACCACUGCCUCCAAAGCUCAGUGAGUCUGGCUGCGCUCCGGAAUGAACGCCCUGUUUCCUGAGCCGUCACUGCUCACCUCACACACGGCGCAGGAAAUAGGCAAGGUCGUUUGAUUUCUGGCUCUGCGUUUCUAAUACAUCCACUCCAUUAUUUUAUCGAAUCGUUUUGCUUUUAACAACCAAAGCAACCGCACAGAGUUGUGCUUGACCUUUAUUUUUCUCCUCUUAAUCUUUUUAUGAUCUUUGGACCCAGUAGCCGAGUGGAGAAUGGCUUCUCGAACCGGGAAGAUGAUUUCCCUACGAUACGAUAAAACUCCUCGCAUUUUGUACAUACGUCCUUCUAUUUCAUGCAAACUCACUUAACAUCUUUUCUGAACAACUUCUAAAGAAAGAAAUUAGGAUUUUACUCUAAACCUAAUACUGACCUCAUAUACUUUAUCACUAACGGGGUAUCAACUUUUAAGUUUUUUGGGAACAGGCCUUGACACGAGUCAUAUCAGUUUUGUUUUCAUAGUUUUUCUUAAUGUAUUUAAUUGAAAUUGUUUUUCUACAUUUUCCCAAUUUUGCAAGUGUAAUAAGUUAAGAUUUAAGUAUCGCUUUUUUUUCUUCUUCUUUUUUCUAAAGAGGUUGUAAGGCUUUAAAAACAAGUAAUAAGUGGCCGAUAUAAAGGUUAUCAUUGCUUUAAGCAGCGCAGGGACCUGUCAAGUCUCUGAGUUUCUCUUUCUGGAAACACUGACUUUUAACAGCCUCUGAGCUUGUUAAAGAAGUUGUCGAUUGUAGACACUGAUGGAAAAUGACUGAAAUCUUUCAACAGCUUUAAAAACACAUGGAGGGAAACAGUGGUUAAAGACGGCAGGCAGACGUCUACGUGUGUUGUGUAAAGCUCAGCGUGACACUGAGACUUGAGUAACCAAAUGAUCCACAAGGCUCAGCGGUUUGAGCUAAGAUCACCUGUCAGGGGGUGUGGUCAUCACACUAAAUGUAUGGUGAUGUUGACUAAAAAAAAGAAAAAAAGUUUUUUUGUUUUUUUUUACCUUUCUUUGUAAUGGUAGUACCGUCGUAUCUACUUGUGCACAGUAUCUGUACCAAAAAAACUGGAUUGAUGAGCUGUUGUGAGAGAAAUGAUCUUUUCUGUUCCCUUUUGUCUGCGGUUAAUUGAGUGGCUGCGUAUUUUAAGAUAUACCAAAAAUAUUUGUUUAAAUAAUUGUAGUCGAUGUCGUCUAGUCCAUAUAUUUAUGAACAGAAUCUCUUUUCAUUUUGUCAGCAGAAUAUAAAAAUGCAAUAUUUUGAUCAUUUUCCAAAGAUUAUCUUUUUUUUUUUUAAUCUUAAAAGUCUUUCAUAGAUUAUAAUUGGCAGCACAAUUGACCAAAAAACAAAGGAAGGGCUGGGUUGGAGCAUGACAAGCUCGUUUCCUAUUUUUAUUUCUUUGAGCCCCACCCUGACAUUUGGUCCCAGGGCCAUUUGAUGGCUCUCUUUUAACACUUUUAGUAGCAGCUUUUGGGUGUCUGUGAAGCAGGAAAAACUCCUUUUGAGGGGUUGUACUAAUAUUUCAGCCAUAUAACAACAGCUUCAACCAAAGUGGUUUUCCUUAAUGGCAGCCGUGCCUGUCUGAGCACUGUGGUUGCUGUUCACAAAUGUCAGUACCCGCUUUUCCUCAUCUAGUGCAGUUGGAGAAGGAUGCAUGAAAUGCCAGCUUUAACAGCCUGCUCCUCAAUGUUUUCUUAUUAGCUUUACUAGAACAUUAUGUGAAUAGCAGGCUUUGGAAUCUGGAAGGUUAUACGAGGGACGAGCAUUUGAAUUGAUUGUGAAUUUGGUGAUUGGAAGCAUUUGACAUUGAAUGUCCUGCUGGGGGAUUCAUUCUCAAAUAGUUUGCUGUCUAAAAACACAUACAUCCAGGCUAUGGGGGAAAAAAACAUACAGAAUUUUUGGGCUUGGGCCUGUCUGAUUUAAGUGCUCGCUGAGCCUGCAGAUGUGAUUGUAUGUAUCUUAAAAUGUUGCGCAUUAUUCAAAGCUGCAGGAACUCAUAUUUGAAAGACACAGAGAACUGUGAGACUGCUGCCACACGCAAUGGCGCCAGGAAGAAAGAGGCUACCUGAUACACUGAGUUCCUGGAGAUUUGAAUAAUGCCCAAUAUUUUAAGAUACAAUCAUAUCUGCACUUAAAUCAGACAGGCACAACCAUGAAAAAAAAAAACAGGAAUGGUAAAGGAUUUAAUGAUCACAGCAUAAGUGGCUAAUAAGACAAUUUGGUUGGUUUGGAAUCGGUGUUGAUUUAAUAGUGCCCUGAAACAAUUGGCAUGUGUUACAUGGCUGCAGCUUGCAUAGGUGCCAUUGAUUCAAUCUCGUUCGCUCCUCUAAACAAGAGUUCAAAACAUUUAGAAAUAAUUUCCCAUUCCUCAAAAAAAGUUAUUGUAGUUUCUUCAUAACUGAUCAGGUACACGCAGUACAUUUUGUAAAAUGCUUAUCCGUAAAUUUAACAAUGGGUGAGCCACAAGGUCCACUCAUGAAGUCAUUCACAAAAAAAAAAAUCAUUCCGAGCAAAUUUCGUCAAACGUCCAUCCAUAGUCAACACGUCCUGUUGAUUUGAUCAUCGCUACCAAUUGAACCAGCAUGUAAACAUUGCAGUGCCCCCAAAGCUUUCUCAAAGAAGUGUGCUUGGCUACUCUUAGUCACUGCAGCUUUUUGGCUGAGUACUGUUACGUGCCACAUCUUCAACUAAACCCCAUCCAAUCGUCUCACUGUUCCGCUGCAUGUGACGAACAAAAUAGCGAGUGAUUAGAAAAUCACUUAAGGCAGCGAGAUGUCCUCUUUUCCUUCUUUUCUGUCAACCAAUUUUGACUGAAUAUACCUCAGCAGCACUUAAACGAAAGCUUCACCUUUUUAGACCUUUCUGCGUGUAGAACAGUGUGGAAUGUAUAAGUAACGUUUGGCUCGCCAUUCUCACGUUAUACUGCUACAUAGGGAACCGUACAUGAUAGGACAACUACUGCUUUUUCUAGUACUACUAUUUAAUUUUUCUCUUCGGUGGUUUCGUGGUGAUUGACGAAGAGAUCCUUCUUGCCAAAGUAAUAGCCUUUCUCUUUGCAGCUUAGUCGGCAUACGGCUGCUCAUGUCUUUGAGGGCCGCCACGCACCGAUGGAGGUUAGUUCGAUUCCGCUGCCGUGUGUAGUCACGUGACAUCCAAACGCGUUUGCGUGACAAACCGGAUGCCAUCGGUGCCAUAGGAUCUUACUGAUAUAUUUAUGAGGAAAGACCGAAGAAUCAGAGAAAUCCUUUUUUCUUAAUUCUAUACAUAUAAAUAUAUAUAAACACGUGUAAGAUAUUCAUAUUUUAUAUUUGAACCAGUAUGUUACUCAGACUGAAUGUAGUGUUUAUGACCCCUCAAAUAUUGCCCCCCCAAUCUUUUUUUUUUUUUUAAACUGUUGAGACCAAAAAAAAAAAA